AGGAGGCUCGCGCGCAGAGCGGGGGCCGCGCCGAGCGGGAAGGAGCGUGGGGAGCGGAGAGCCCGGCUGGCCCAAGGGCGCCCUGCCUCGGGCCGGGCACAGAGGCUAAGAAGUUUGGCGGCUAGGGGCCCAGCGCCCCGGGGUCGCGGGGGCCGCAGGGAGGGCAGCGGGGAGAGCAGAGCCAUGGGGGCGAGCGCGGAGGCGGCGAGGCGCGCAGCUAGCUCCUGGAGCGGCACGGCCGCGGCGGCGCAAAGUUAGCCCGGCGCCCCGGGACGAGCGCUGCAGCCUGGGCCAUGGGCGAGCACCCCAGUCCCGGCCCCGCAGUGGCAGCCUGCGCCGAGGCGGAGCGCAUCGAGGAGCUGGAGCCCGAGGCCGAAGAGCGACUGCCCGCCGCGCCAGAAGACCACUGGAAAGUCCUGUUUGAAAAGUGUGACCCUGGGAGCACCGGCUACAUCAGCACAGGAAAGUUCCGGAGCCUCCUGGAGAGCCACAGCUCUAAGCUGGACCCACACAAAAAGGAGGUGCUCCUGGCUCUGGCAGACAGCCACGCAGAUGGGCAGAUCUGCUACCAGGACUUUGUCAACCUGAUGAGCAACAAACGUUCCAACAGCUUCCGCCAGGCCAUCCUUCAGGGAAACCGCAGGCUGAGCAGCAAGGCCCUGCUGGAGGAGAAGGGGCUGAGCCUCUCACAGAGACUCAUCCGCCACGUGGCCUACGAGACUCUGCCCCGGGAGAUUGACCGCAAGUGGUACUAUGACAGCUACACCUGCUGCCCUCCGCCCUGGUUCAUGAUCACAGUCACACUGCUGGAGGUUGCCCUGUUCCUGUACAAUGGGGUCCUACUGGACCAGUUUGUGCUGCAGGUGACACACCCUCGAUACCUGAAGAACUCUCUGGUUUACCACCCACAGCUUCGCGCGCAGGCUUGGCGCUAUGUGACAUACAUCUUUAUGCAUGCAGGGGUGGAACAGCUGGGACUCAAUGUGGUGCUGCAGCUGCUGGUAGGGGUACCCCUGGAGAUGGUGCAUGGAGCCACCCGAAUCGGGCUUGUCUACGUGGCUGGCGUUGUGGCAGGCUCCUUGGCGGUGUCCGUGGCCGACAUGACUGCACCUGUUGUGGGCUCUUCCGGAGGGGUGUAUGCGCUCGUCUCUGCCCACCUAGCCAACAUUGUCAUGAACUGGUCAGGCAUGAAGUGCCAAUUCAAGCUGCUGCGGAUGGCUGUGGCCUUGAUCUGUAUGAGUAUGGAGUUCGGAAGGGCUGUAUGGCUCCGUUUCCACCCAUCGGCUUACCCCCCGUGCCCACACCCAAGCUUUGUGGCACACUUGGGUGGCGUGGCUGUGGGCAUCACCCUGGGCGUGGUGGUUCUCAGAAACUAUGAGCAGAGACUACAGGACCAGUCGCUGUGGUGGAUCUUUGUGACCAUGUACACCAUCUUCGUGCUGUUUGCCGUCUUCUGGAACAUCUUUGCCUACACACUGCUGGACUUGAAGCUGCCACCACCCCCUUAAGGGACCAGAGGACCAAGGCGGGGAGGGGAAACAGAAGCACCCAGAGGAAGUACCCGCAUCUGCUUCUCAUCUCCAAUUCAGUGAGAGCACGGAGAGCCGGAGACUCUUGGAGCUGGAGAGUGUGUGUUGCAGAUACAUGUCGCUGCUGUCUUUUUCCUAGUCUGGUCUGAUAUGGAGUCAGGGGUAAGGUCUGAGGCAGGGUGAGAGUGGCUGUCCCUGUGGCUUGGGCCUGUCCUGUGUGUUCCCUCUCACUGCCACAGAGUGAGCAAAUAGCCCUCUUCCCUAGUCUCCACCUGGGAGAUACUGAGACACAGAGAAGUUCUGAGGAUAGCCACAGCCAGACUUGCCACAGCCCAGAGGUGACUGUAGGCUAGACCAAGUUCUCUCUGCAGCUCAAGGUCUGGUGCUCUGGUGACAGAUAUGAUGGUGGGGGCAGGGAAAGCUCAGAGCAAGCCAGGCUCGGGUCCUGACAAUGGGUGCUAUGGCAUGGCCCUGAGGGCUGGGCAGGGAGAUGCUAUUCGUUCCAGGCCUCCUUCUUGCCAGCCCAGGUUCCUCCCUCUUCCUGCCCGUAGUCAAGAGCCAGCAUCUCACACCAUCGCUCUGCAUCCAUGCAGCCAGCAUCUCACACCAUCGCUCUGCAUCCAUGCCCUAUGUGGACUGUAGGGUCUUUUCUUUCCUUUCUACUGCCCUGACCCUACUUUGUGCCUCUCUCUUUGGGUGUGGAGACAGGGUUUUGGGGUGUGUGUGUAUGCAUGUGUGUCUGUGGGUGUGUGUGUCGGAAGCUGCAGAGGAACUGAGAGACAGUGUACACAUAGGGGUACCUAUCGGGGAUUUCUGGAAUGGGUAGCGGCAGUGUGCUCGAUUGCUCGCUCAGUGGCCUUCUUUUUAGCAUCAUGCACCCCCACCCUUCCCCAUCUGCCCCCAAACACCUGCUGAGCACCACUGACAACUGUCAAGCUAGAGGGAAGACCAAAGCACUGCCAGGACAUUUGGGAGGAAACUCUCAGCUGUAUUCUUCUGGUUCUCUUGGAGUAGCUUUCAUGUCUGUACUGCCACCUGUAGAAGGAAAUCUUUGGGAUGAAAGAAAGCCCAGGACAGUGAUCGUGUGGCCAUCUCUCCAUGUGAAUUGGUGGAACAAGAAGCUGUAGUAAAAUAUAUUUUAGUGAAAAUCUUAGCCUCAGAGAAGAAUGGGGGAGGGGGGAGUAUCCAGAGUGGGAGCUGCUCUAGGCUUAGGCGGCUCCAUGCAGAGGGACUUGGAGAUAAUCCUACAGGGACAUGAGAUGGGGGAGUGGCCUUGUAAGUGCUGCCCUUAUCCCAGCAGCCUGGGGUGCCAAGUCGGGUGUAAGGGAACCAGAGACUCAGAGCCCAGGACCUCUGCUCCUCUGAGACAGCCAGGCUGGCACUAGGAUCCCUAAGUGGAGGCCAUGAAGCAGAUGACCUUCAUACUGCCUUUGGGACUCGCAGCCCCUGGGAUGAGGAACCGCAGGUCUGAGAUGUGAGGAGCAGAGUGCGCAGGAUCGAGGCAGGAGGAUGGGAACUGCUCCUGGUCCUCUCACCAUCCCACAACACUUCUCAGGUGCUCUCCAUUCUCCUGAGUCCCUCAGCCCUUCCUCUCCAAUGUGGCCACCCAUCACGGCUGGGAUCCACUCCUCAUGCUGGUGGCUGUAGGUUGGCAUCAAAGGUGGGGAAUCCCCAAACAGCAGCUAUGUAGACUAGUUUGCUUUUAAAGGGGAGAGGAAUCAUGGAAAGCAGAGAAAGGAAAACAGGCCUUCAAAAAAGAGGAAUUUCUCUUUAAUGACACCGUUCAUCACUUGUUUGGGUUUUUUUUAGUUAGGAGAAGCUCCCUAAGGGGGCUCUUUUGACUCUCCAUUUCCAUUUGAACCAUUCUUGCCUAGAGCAUUAGUGGAGGCAUCACUCACCGAACCCAGAUUGUCCUCUAGUGUCCAAUUCAGUUUGCAGAUAAUGAGGAUUACCCAGUGCCGUGUGCUUCCCAGGCUGCAAAUCGUGGACUCUCCUCUGCCUUAAAAACAGUGUCGUCAGUGAGCUGCCCCUCCCAGGACUGAGUGAAAAUUAAAACACUAGCCGCAACGUUGGUUUCUAAAUAUUUUUGUAUUGUGUACAUUCUGUAUAUUUUUGUUGUAACAUAUUAUUUGAGCACAGAUUCCAUUAAAGAUUUUUUUAAGCUAUUGGUUAUUCAGGAAAUGACCUCAAG